AUGCAAGACGACAGCGAAGCCGAGCAGAGCUCUUGGGCUUAUCUACCUGAUGUCUGUCUGAGGCAUGUCUUCCAUUGGUUAGAUGACAGGGACAGAGCUCGGGCUGCCUUGGUCUGUAAAAAAUGGAGUUGGGCCAUGUACUCAGGAUCCCUGUGGAGAAGCAGAACCAUCACAUUCUACAGCCAACCAUCAAGGGCACGCACAUUGGCGUCUGAACGUGCACUGUGUUAUGUCAAGAAAUUUGCCAAGUAUUUGGAGCACCUCGAGAUCAAGUUAUCAAAACCUUACAAUACUGCCUUUACCCAAAAAUUUCAAGUGACUAUGAGAGGUCUUCUUUCACACCUGGGUAAGCAUAACAGUCGCCUAGUAUCUCUGUGCAUCAAGUACCUGGAAUUAGACCGCUUUUUCUGGAAAAACGUGGUCAGGGCUCAGUUUAUCAAGAACUUAGCUACCUUUCUGAAAAGAAUGAGCAAACGGCUUGAUUAUCUAAACUUAAAAGGAGCAAGAGUAACCUUAGAAGAAGGCUGUGAGCUUCUGAAUUCUCUGAGCUGCUUGACAAAUGAAAGCUUUAUAUCUAAAAUUAAUAUUGAGGAUUUCUUCAGUCUCCGCCUUCCUGUCUACAGUAGCACCUUGUUCCACCAAACUAUGUCCAAGUUCCACAGCCUGAUCAUCCUGACUUUCAAUUAUAACUGCAUCUCUGAUGAACUGCUGGACAUCCUGCGGGAGCACAGUGCUCAUUCCCUGUGCACCUUGAAUAUCAAAUGUCAUAUCCAUGACCCUCAUGGGCAAGUUGUCUGGGGAAUGUCGUGGGCAAACUUGGCCAAGAAAGCCCCAAAACUGAAUGUGAACUUCUUCUUUGAAAGAGUUGUGAAGCACGAUCACCUAGCCAGGAUCCUGCUCAUGGAGAUCCCAGUCAGGAGCAUCAGUCUACGGAGCUGCUAUUUCAGUGACCCAGACUGGACAAUGAAACCUACCCUCACCAACCUUCUCCCAGCCUACUGGCAUGUUCUGCAGAAAUUAACACUUGAAUUAAACAAUGACCAUGAGCUGCUGGACGAUGAGCUGCUACAGCUCAUCUUAUCAUGCAAGAGGUUGUUAUUUCUGAAAGUCUGGGCAUUUCUAAGCGUCACCUUUAUGGACAGGCUGCUACAAAACCGUGCAGAAAGGAAAUGCAUUUUGACUACCAUAAAGGUCAGGAUUUACACAGCUCGGCAAGAUAGCAGUGAGGAGGAUCAGCUGCUGUGCAAUAUUUACAGGAAGUUCAAAUACCUGAUUGACUCGGAGCUUACUUAUUUUGUCAUCACCUACCCAAUGGUAUAA